AUGUCGAGGGACAGGACGCAGCUGAGGACCCGAGGCUUCUCCGUGAAGGCCACGAUGAAGAACUCCGUGGUGGAGGGUCCUCCGGCCGCGGGGGCUUUUCGGGAACGCCCGUCCAAACCAACCACCUUUCGCAAGUUCUACGAGCGUGGAGAGUUUCCAAUGGCACUGGAGCAUGAUGCCAAAGGAAACCACAUUGCAUGGAAGGUGGAGAUUGAAAAACUGGACUACCUUCACUACCUGCCACUGUUCUUUGACGGCUUGUGCGAGACGGCUCAUCCGUACGAGUUCUUCGCCCGCCAGGGAGUCCACGACAUGCUGGAGCACGGAGGCCCCAAGAUCCAGCCUGUCGUCCCCCAGCUCAUCAUCCCCAUCAAGAACGCCCUGAACACCAGGAACCGCCAGGUGAUCUGCACCACGCUCAAAGUCCUGCAGCAUCUGGUGAUGUCUGCAGACAUGGUGGGAGAGGCCCUGGUUCCGUACUACCGACAGAUCCUCCCCAUUCUCAACAUCUUCAAGAACGUGAACAUCAACUCCGGAGACGGUAUCGACUACAGCCAGCAGAAGAGAGAGAACAUCGGGGACCUGAUCCAGGAAACGCUGGAGGUGUUUGAGCGCUACGGAGGAGAGGACGCCUUCAUCAACAUCAAGUACAUGGUGCCCACCUACGAGUCCUGCAUGGUCAGCUGA